AUGAUUGAAAGACUUGCUUCGCCGUCUGAAUUCAUUGUGGCUUUUAAGCGAAACGAGACAGAUAAUGGAUGUCCUUUGAAGAAAUUUCCACUCGUUCUCAAUUCAACGAAGAGCGAAUGGCUGGUGAAUAAAACAAUCUACAGUUUGGAAUUCUAUUCUGACGACCCUUACUUUUAUUUCAACUAUACUGUUAGUAUAUGCCCCGAAAAUUCGAUACUAUCGACGAGAGUGACAUCUAAUGGAACGUUUUAUGUUUGUCUCGAAGUUCGCUUUUUUUCUGACGGCAUUUGUUGGUUGUACGAAGAUGCUCAAAAGUUGUGCAGUGAAAACAAUGGAAUGGGCUUAACUGGACAUUUCCAGCUAUCGGAAUUUGAUUAUUUUUCAAAAAGGAUGAUUAAUAAUAGUAAGUAUAAUGAAGAAUAUCUCCCAAAGUCAAUGAAUGGAAUGCCCGAAACGACAUGGCAAUUAGGCAUAUUCAUCGACGGAAGGUCCCUUGACGAAUCAAAUCCAAAAAACUUCGAAUUUGAAGACAAAACUCACGAGGGAAUUCGUAAUUACCAAUUUUUUGGUGGUACUCUAAACCAAAUCACAGUACCAAUUUAUAUACUGAUCGUUACAUAUGCCGAUAUACCGUCCACCCUAGAUGCUAGAUGUACCUCUGAUGACUUCCCACCCUGUAACGGAAACUACUAUUGUCCUCGUGGAGCAGCCUGUCGAGUUUUGCCAUCAAUAAUACAUUAA